AUGUCGGAGCAAAGACACCAACGUCGCGGCGAAGCUCCCCGUGCUCCUGCUCCCGGGCAGGGUCAAGCCUCCUCGCGGUCUCAAUCCGUUUCUCAGACCCCAAUUCAGGCUCCGUUGCUCUCAAUCGAAACACCCACGUCCGAUCCUUCCAAUCGCCCAACGCCCGCCUCACAGACACCACGCCCCCCCGCGCCAAACCUCCUGUUCCGGGUCCCACAAUCUCCCCUCACUGCGGCGGGUGAAUCGUCUCAGAGAGCUGGCAAAGUCGCCAUUCCAAGAUUGAAGAGGUCGAUUGAUCCGUCUGAAGAUCUCACCCGCUCGGGAGGAAGGCAUCGAGUCAAUCACGCCUGCGAACCAUGCCGCCACCGGAAGACCAAAUGCAGUGGGGAGCGCCCGACGUGUAGACAUUGCCAGGACUUCAAGAUUACGUGCUUUUACGCCGAUGGCAAAAGAGACAGGGCCAAAAAGCAAUUUGGUACCUUGACCGAGAAGGUGGCUGAUUAUGAGAAACUACUGAGGGAACUGAUAUCCAGGGUCGAUGAAGACGAAGCAAGAUUGAUUCGAGCGUCGCUGGAGAAGGAGUCCAGCUAUGACGCCGAAGAUACCCCUACCGAAGGCACCGCUGAAGUCGCCCCGGUGGGCGAUGCUGAGGCAGAAGAAGAGGAGUCCGGUGCGGAAUCAGAAGCUUCAGCGGGCGCUGGGUCCACAGGCGCAUUGGAUCGAACCGAUGAGGAUUUCACGCGUGAGCAGGCCAGGAUGACAGGCUUCAUGGGAAAAAACUCGGAUGUCACAUGGCUCCAGCGUUUGCGCGAGCAGACCAAGUAUGGAGACGUAGACCAAGAUCAGCAAGGUAAUGAGAGGCAACAGGCGCUUGCUGCCAUGUCCGGUGCCUCGCUGACAUCAAAACGUCCAGUCGGUGACACGCAAAUCCCCCUUUCGGAAGCGGACGAUGGCUUCACGAUCAAAGAUUCCAGCUAUCACAUGGACGACAUGUCGAUAUUUAUGUACGAUGCUGUCGACGCCUACGAGAUGCCUACGCCUGACAUUGCGGAUCAUCUGUUCAAUGCGUAUAUGCAACGAGUUCACGCGUCCUUUCCCGUGGUCGGUAGGCUGAAUCUGACAACUCAGUUUCGAAGGUUCAUCAGCGGUACCGUGCAAAGACCACCCGAAAAAUGGCUCGCCAUCCUCAACUUGAUCUUCGCAAUCGGCGCAAAAUAUUCACACUUGAUCAAAGCCGAAUGGAAAGGCGAUGAGAGAGAUCACCUGAUCUAUUUCACCCGAGCUCGACUGUUGAGUAUGAAUUCUGAAACCAUUUUUCAUCAUCCAGAUUUGCAGCAGAUCCAGGUGCUAGGCUUGAUGUCGUUUUACCUGCUGUGUACCAGUCAAAUCAAUCGUGCAUGGAUGUUGAACGGGAUUGCUAUCCGAGGAGCUGGCGCCUUGGGGCUGAAUAUGCGCAAUGAUAGCAAUGACCUAAGAGAUCCACUCAAAGAAAUCCGAUACCGACUUUGGUGGGCCCUCUAUGCUCUGGAACAUCGCCUGUGCAACAUGACUGGUAGGGUCAACUGUGUCAUGGACGAGCAUUGCACUACACCCCUGCCGAUUCCCCUGGAAGAAGAACAAUUCGAUACCGAGGAAGGUCAAAGACUUUUGAGCAAAGAAAUACAACAGGGUGAUCGAGCACCCUCCUCAAAUUCCCAGACGCCGAGUUUCGGAUCGACCCCUUCAACCGACCGCUCUCGUUCGCAGACCAAAGUCGACUCUCGUUCACCUUCAAUGCCUGGAGGGCUCAAAGCCGGUGACUUGGAUUGGGCAAAGGAUGCGCAACCUAAUUCUUCACUAUACUUUCUCCACGUGGUUCAGUUAACCCGCCUGACACAGAGCAUCUUUCAUAGCCUUUACAACCCGGCCUCGAUCAAAGGAACGUGGUCAGAAGUUCAGGCCAAGAUAAAGGACCUUGACGAACGGCUUGAGCAUUGGUAUCGUAAACUGCCCCAGGCGUUUGCUUUUCGACGGAACCAGCGCGAGCGAGGGUCUUACGAGUUCCGCUUGAAUCUUGGCUUCUUUUACUAUAGCACCAAGAUGACCAUCCAUCGACCUUGCUUGUGUCGACUCGACCGCAAGAUUCCGGGGCAAUCAACCAAAUCACUCGAGUUCAACCGCAAUUCAGCUGCCGCCUGUGUGGAGGCCGCAAUGGACAUGCUUCAACUCAUUCCUGACAAGCCCAAUGCUGUCGGCCUGAUUCGAGUUGGUCCCUGGUGGAAUAUUGUACAUUGGCUGGUUCAAGCAGCGACAGUAUUGAUGCUUGAAAUAUCCUUCCGAGCCAAUCACAUGCCGGAAGAAGCAGAAGCUAUCCUGGAGUCCUGCAAGAAAAGCAUCCGCUGGCUGCAUGCAUUAGCAGAAGACAACGUGUCCGCUAGGCGUGCCUGGACAAUAUGUUUCACACUGUUUAAGGAAGCAGUCAAAAAGAUCGGGCGCGAUGCCGACGACUUGCCACAGGAUCCUCCGGGGAAGCCUUCUCCGUCCCAGCAAGAUAUCUCCAUGCUAAAUUACUCAGCGGUUAGCAACCCUCUGUCUGGCAACAUGUAUGUAUCGGCUCCCAGCGCGCAUUCCAUCUACGGCACAAUGCCUGAUCUACCAAGUGCGCAAGCCUUUGCCGCGUUCGACUCAACGAUGCGAUAUGACCAAUAUUUCCCCCCGGAUCUGCUAAUGGACGAUCCCUCCAUGCAAUUCCAACAGCCGACGGACGCCGAGAUCGAGUUUAUGAGUAAUGCCUACCACCAGGACCAGGGUCACCAGCAACAAGGUGGGGAGUCCAGCCAUGGACCCAGGAUGAAUUGA